AAUUGUUUUUUCCGGCGUUAGAAUUAAGUUUAAAGUUUAAAGUUUAAAAUGAUGCAGUGGGGCAACAUUUGUCGCAUCUGCAGCAGCCCCGCAGACUAUGAGAUUUUUGCCAAGAUACCAACGUAUUUGCAUGGUACCACAAAUGAGUUUCUCAAUUGGCAGAAGCCGAUAAACAUAUUGCUUGAGGAGACGACGGGUUUGAAAAACUCUACAGACGAUGGACUGCCACGCAACAUAUGCGCACCAUGCAUUUCGUAUCUAAAGCACGCCGUCACAUUCCGAGAGCAGUGCAUUAAGAACGCACUCAGUCUUAAGCUGGCGGCGCUCUAUCAACAAAAGUCGGUGAAUAUAUCGGAGAACAGUCAACAAGAUAAGGAGAGUGCCCUGUUCACGGCCGAGGAUCUGCGGUAUGUGGAGCAGCGGCCUGUGCACAACCUGUUGUUGAACAACGCCGUGAAGCUGGAGGGGACAAAAGACAAAGUUCACAAGCAACUGCUCAACCAGAACGUGCCACAGCUGAGCGUCAACUCCGAACAACGAACACAGUAUUUAAAUUUAUUAUACGACAAGAAUCAGCACUGUAAUGCCUUCCAGAGGCAGGCAAAGCACAGUAGAGACAUGGAGCUGCCGACCACCAGCGGAAACGUCAACGGCAACGGCAAUGGUGUUGUCGAGGACGAGGAAGACUAUGUCGCUGUCAGCUCUAGCGAUGAGAACGAGGAGGCUGCCCUGCUGCGAAAGCACAAGAAUUGCUACAACUAUAGCGAAACGAAUUUCGAGGAAGACGAUCCCAUGGAGCAGGACCAGUUGCGCGACAUUAAGGUCACUAUUCCAGAGCCCAUGUGGAAGGAGCGCAAAUGCCCUGCAUGCCUUAAGCGGUUCAUGUUCGAGGACUCCCACCAGACGCAUCUGGACAACUGCGUUGAGUAUCAGUUCAUCACAUUUGUGACCGAGACGACUAAGUUGCUAGAUAUAAGAAAACAGAAGAUGGUCUCGCCCCACGAGUUCAUCAGGCGCAUGAUCUUUGCAUUGCACAAAACCUGCACUUGGCUGCAGGAACAUUCCAUUGACACUCUGCUGGCCGAAAAACUGAACCAAGUGAAGGUCUCAAAUGGUGAGAAAACGGCCGAAGCACCCACGGUAGAGUUAGAGGUGAAACUUGACGAUAUGUUCGUCUAUGUUAGUGGUACGACAACGCCUAUUACGGCGGAGAACAAUGUCCUAUAUGCGAUUGCCCGCUCGGAGAGUACGAAUUCUCAGUGUAAGCCAAAAGCGAUUGAGCGCACCGAGAGUACUAAUUCUGCGAUUACUGAUUCCCCAAGAGCCUCGCUGGCAGGGGUGAAGAAACCCAUUCCCAUUCGCGUGAAACCCGCAAAUAGUUCGAUCGGAAUGGGUCUUCGACCAUCGCCGCAGCAGAGUCUGCGACCCUCGCCCCCGCAGCCCAAUGGGAAAAAGCGCAGGGAGCCUCUCGGCUUGGGACUUCGGCCUCCAGCGCAGCAGCAGCCAGACGGCGACAAGCACAUGGAAAGGGUGUCGUUUCUGGAAAAGCUGCAGCGUGCUGCAGUCACACCCGGUUCAGCCACUCCUCCUGCUCAGGCGGCCCCUCCAUCAUUCUCGGCUCGCUGCGGGCAGUGCAAUUUACCCUUUGACUCUGUCUCCGACUUGGAGAUUCACAAUAGCAACUAUCAUAACAGCCAAAACGAGAAUGAACCUACUAUUAACUCAGACGACGAUGCCCAGAGGCGUCGUAUAAUUGCCCUUUUCGAAGAUGAUAUAUAAGUUUUCCAAGUUUAUAUCGUGAUAUCCCCAUAGUUUUGUUUUUUUCCAAAGAUUUCAUAAGUUUAAAGUGUUUAUGUUCGAGAUUCCAAACGUAUUCUUAGCUUUAAGGUGUAUUCAUGUUGUUUUUAAAUCCAUCUGCAAUAUUUAUAUUUAUUUCAUAAGCCUAUUUAGUUUUUUGUAACAAACUCUCAUAUAAAGUACGCAAGACCAGGGCUUGGAACUAAUGGAAAUUAAUCUAAUCCUCAGACCAAUAAAGAGAUACCCAAGACUUAACCGAAA